AAUGAGUGAUAAGAAAAAUAAUAACAUACCUUAAAAUAACAAUCAAGCAGAUGAUCCUAAUUAUGCAUUGCAAAUGUAGAUUAUUGCAUUUUAAGAUUAAACCAUUAAUAAUUUAAAAAAUAUUAUCAUUGAAAAAGAUUCUGAACUUUAAGUAUGAUCAAUAUUUUAAUAGAAAAAAAAUCAAGAAAAUGCUUAAUUGAGAUAACAAAUCUAAAUAAUAGAAAAAUAACAUUCACAAUAACAAAUGUCUUAUCAGUAGGAAAAUUCAAAUAUUUUAAAUUUAUAAUCUCAAUAUUAGAAAACUUUUGAUGAGCUCAAGAAAUUGAAAAUGAUAUUCAAUUAAAACUCUAAUCCUGAUAUAGUUAUGGAAUCACUUCAAAUUAAGUAAUAGUGAAUUUAAUAUAUAUCUAUAGAGAAUAAUUAGUGAUAAUUUAGCAAUAAAAAAAUAAACUUGAAAUUGAAUUAAAAGUAUUUAUAUAUUAAAUAAUUAUAUUAGGAAGCAUAAACUAGACUCAUUUAAUCUCAAGGUAUCAUCUAAGAACUUUAAAGAGAAAAUUACCAAUUAAAAUCAUUUUCAAUGUCAUCAUUUUCUAAUCCACCCUAAAUACAAUAACCAUCUAUUAAUUAGAGUUAAUUUUUAUAAUCAUAAUAUCCAUCUAAUAAUUAAAGGUAUUUUUAUUAUUUUAUUAAGUUAAAAUAAUGAAGAAAAUUAAAGGAAUUAAAGAAAAGUUUAAUUAAAAAAUGAAUUAAGAUAACUACCUACUUAAAAUAGAACUUCAGCAUAAUAAAGAAGAAUUCAAUAAAUUGAGGAUGAAUUAAAUUACUUGGAAUAAUUUUGA